AUGGUCACUCGUUCCAUGAACAAGCAAGACCACAUUGCCAUGGCCGAAAUCGUCGUCUAUGCAUUUUACCUCGUCGGCGGCAUCUACCUGUGCGUCAAGCACGGCGUUAGCCGUGCUGCCGGAUUUCGCUUCCUCGUCAUCCUCGCUCUCGCACGCCUCAUCGGCUCUUCCAUGCUCUUGGCCACGCUAAGCGAUGCCACCAACCAGAGCCUCUACACUGGCUGGGCCGUUACCAACGGUGUCGGUCUCGGCCCUCUGAUUCUGAUGCUCGUCGGCCUUCUCAGCCGUACCUUCGACUGGAUCAACCGCGGUGGCUCUAUUGUCCUACAUCCGCUUGUUACUCGCCUCGUGCAGCUGCUGAUGCUUGUAGCUGUGGUGCUGGUCAUUGUCGGCGGCACGCUUUCGGACUAUACGACUGACGGAACGUCCGUCAUCGUGCACUACAACACGAUGAGUAAGGUGGGCAUGGCGCUUAUGAUUGUUGUCGUUGUUAUUGCUGCUGGCCAGCUUGGUCUCGCCUUUAUCCACAAGGACCGCAUCCCCGCUGGUGAGACGCGCCUAUUGCCCGCUGUGAGCCUUGCCAUUGCCUUUACAAUUGUGCGUCUCAUCUACGGCUGCGUAGUCAUUCUGAGUGACACCAACCCCAGCAUCUGGGUCUACCUUGUCACGGGCGUGAUUAUGGAAUUCGUCAUCUGCCUUAUUGUUGAGGUUAUUGGCUUCAACCUACACAAAAUUCCUAAGUACGAGCAAACCAAGCAAGACAUUGAUGGCGCCGAAACGGGAAGCGCGUACAGAACUGGUACAGGCCCCUUUUGA